CCCUCGGUUUCACAGCUAAUACCACACCCGAACCGUAGGGAUCAUCCAAAGUCCAAACCCCAACCUUUAAGUUAAACCACCCUCUAUGAGAGUCGUCGUCGUAGUCUUCAUCAUCAAACCACCAUUUCCGACCCUUUUAUGAGCUCAACCUCUCUCCAAUUCUUCAUCUACAAUCCCUACCCAAAACCCCUAAAAGCCCACAACAGAUUCUCAGUGCAGGAGUUGCAGGAAAGGGUAGUAAAACCACCUAUUACAAUGAAGGACAGGCCACCACCGUCGUCGUAUGGCGGCGUUUACGUUCCUCCCCACCAUCGACUUCGAUCGGUCAUCACGACGUCUUCAGCGUCGCCGGUCAAUAUACCCUCUGUUCCUGUGGAAUCCAAAGCAACUGUGAAUAAUCGAAGCACUUUUGUGAAUUCUAGAGUUCACAAUCCUUACCCUUACUUGCCUCCACAGAAAGUCCAACAGCAACAGCAGUUGCAGAAGAAGGAUUCGCAGGCGAGUUCGUGGUACGAUGAGGUGUCACAGGAAGGUUCUGACCGAGAAAUGGAGGUUUCAGUUUAUCCGAAAAUGUCACGGAAAAAAUUGCCUCUUACUGGCUAUGAGUGUUGCCUCAUGUUUUUAAAGGCAUGGAGCACACCCCUCAUAUUGUUCAAUUCGCGAGAUUCAAAUCAUGUUGCAGCCAAAAUUUGCCACUCUUACUACUUUACUAGUGAUGACUGUUAUCCACAUUUUCAAAGGCAUGAAGCACAUCCUGAUCCUUGCAAAGCAAGGCGCCUUCAAGUUAUUGAAUUUGUUAUUUAA